UGUCUGGAGCUCGGCGGCGGCGGCGCGGGCACGGCCGGGAGCGGCACCAUGAGCGGAUCACAGAACAAUGACAUGAAAAGACAAUGCCUGCUGGAGCGACUGCUGGAUGCAGUGAAACAGUGCCAGAUCCGCUUUGGAGGGAGAAAGGAGAUCGCCUCAGAUUCCGACAGCAGGGUGACCUGCCUGUGUGCCCAGUUUGAAGCUGUCCUGCAGCAUGGCUUGAAGAGGAGUCGAGGACUGGCACUCACGGCGGCCGCCAUCAAGCAGGCAGCGGGCUUCGCCAGCAAGACCGAAACAGAGCCCGUGUUCUGGUUCUAUGUGAAGGAGGUCCUCAACAAGCACGAGCUGCAGCGCUUCUACUCCCUGCGCCACAUUGCCUCCGAUGUGGGACGUGGCCGGGCCUGGCUGCGCUGUGCCCUCAACGAGCAUUCACUGGAGCGCUACCUGCACAUGCUCCUGGCCGACCGCAGCAGGCUCAGCACCUUUUAUGAAGACUGGUCUUUCGUGAUGGAUGAGGAAAGGGCAAGCAUGCUUCCCACCAUGGCGGCUGGUCUGAACUCCAUACUCUUCGCGAUAAACAUCGACAACAAGGACUUAAAUGGGCAGAGUAAGUUUGCGCCGACUGUCUCGGACCUCUUAAAGGAGUCCACUCAGAACAUGACCUCCCUGCUGAAGGAGUCCACGCAGGGAGUGAGCAGCCUCAUCAGAGAGAUCACGGCGUCCUCUCCGGUGGCCAUCCUCAUCAAACCCGAGCAGGAGACCGACCCCCUGCCCGUUGUGUCCAAGAGUGUCAGUGCCGAGGCCAAAUGUAAAAAGGAACGUAAGAAGAAAAAGAAGGUGACCAACAUUAUCUCAUUCGAUGACGAGGAAGACGAGCAGAACUCCAGCGACGUUUUUAGAAAGACCCUGGGCGCCGGGGAGAGCUCCGAGGAUAACUCCGACCGCUCCUCCCUCAACAUCAUGUCGGCCUUCGAGAGCCCCUUCGGGCCAAAUUCCAACGGGAGUCAGAGCAGCAAUUCCUGGAAAAUCGAUUCCCUGUCUUUGAACGGGGAAUUUGGAUACCCGAAGCUGGACGUGAAGAGCAUCGACGACGACGUGGAUGAGGACGAGGACGCCGUGUGCGGGAGCAUGGUGGGCAGGAGGCACAGCGGCCGCUCGGAGUCACCCGAGAAGCCCCUGGACGGGAACCCCUGCCCCUCCCAGACGCACAACUGGGCGCCGCUGCAGGUGCUGCAUGGGGACACCGACGUCCUCUUCCCGGUCAGCGGCGUGGGCUCCUACAGCCCUGCAGAUGCUCCCCUUGGAAGCCUGGAGAACGGGACGGGACCUGGGGACCACCUUCUUCCAGAUCCUGGGCCUCGGUACAGUGUGGAAGCCAGUUCUCCAGGCCAAGGCAGUCCUCUGAGCAGCCUGCUCCCUUCAGCCUCCGUGCCAGAGUCCAUGACGAUCAAUGAGCUGCGACAAGCCAUCGUGGCCAUGAUGAGCAGGAAGGAUGAACUUGAGGAAGAGAACAGGUCACUGCGGAGCCUGCUGGAUGGUGAGAUGGAGCACUCAGCUGCACUCCGGCAAGAGGUGGACUCCCUGAAGAGGAAGAUGGCUGAGCAGGAGGAGCGGCACGUCACGAAGGUCCAGGCGCUGGCGAGAGAAAACGAGGUGCUCAAAGUCCAACUGAAGAAAUACGUAGGAGCUGUCCAGAUGCUGAAAAGAGAAGGUCAAACCACUGAAGCUGUACCAAAUCUUUGGAAUGUGGAUGGAGAAGUCACAGUCACUGAGCAGAAGCUGGGAGAGGUGGCUGAGGAGCUAGCAAGCACCUAUGAGAGAAAGCUCAUCGAGGUGGCGGAGAUGCACGGCGAGCUGAUCGAGUUCAACGAGCGCCUGCACCGGGCCCUGGUGGCCAAGGAGGCCCUGGUGUCACAGAUGCGACAGGAGCUCAUCGACCUGCGGGGCCCGGUGCCUGGAGAUUUGAGUCAAACAUCCGAAGACCAGAGUUUGUCAGAUUUUGAAAUAUCAAACCGGGCGCUGAUCAAUGUCUGGAUCCCGUCGGUGUUUCUCCGGGGCAAAGCGGCGAAUGCCUUCCACGUGUAUCAGGUCUACAUCCGGAUAAAAGACGAUGAGUGGAACGUGUACCGGCGGUACGCGGAGUUCAGGACUUUGCACCACAAGCUACAGAACAAAUACCCUCAAGUGAGGGCCUACAACUUCCCACCCAAGAAGGCCAUCGGAAACAAGCGACGUCACCCCCCCUGGAGACUCGGUGAACAAGAACAGCCGGCCCAAAGCGGCGUCGCGCUUCCCCAAGCUGUCCCGAGGUCACCCCAGGGAGACGCGCAACGUGGAGCCCCAGAGCGGCGACCUCUGACCUCGACGGACCCCAGACUCAGGCCUUACGUGCUGCGCCGGCCCUGCACCCCAGCCGCUCUGCGUCCGACCUGGCCAUGGCCGCGGUCCUUCACCAUUGGAGGGACCACCCCGUCCACCCGGGGCGCCCCAGAGACACCCUGAUUAAACUGGUCAGUCUAGAGCAGGCGGCUGGCGCAGGACGAACGGGGACGCGCCUCUCCGGGGCUGCCCACCCCCUCCUCCCGCCCCGGGGCCAGCGGGGGGCGCGGGCCGAGAUGCAGGACGCUGCUCCUUCACGCGCCAGAGGGCUCGCUCAGAAACCACCUCUUGACUCUCCCAGGGGGAAUUAGCAAGGGAGACCCUCUUUCCCUGUUUGUAAUAUAAUUGCCUGCUACACCUGGACACGUGGGGCUCGGAGGACUUGUUCCUUUCCACUUACUCUCCCGCGGGGGUCCCUAGACACCCCAGCUGCAGCCACCGUGGCCGGCGGUAGCUCCUGGACGUCACUGCCCAGGGCAACAUUCCAGGGCGACACUGAGCUGUGGUUUUGGAGACGCGCCCCGGCUUCCUGGCCUGGCUCCCGGAGGACUCGGCCCCGCCUGAGGUCACCUAGGCCACCGGGCACCUGGUCAGGCCUGGUGGGCCCCCGCUGUGAACAGCGGCCCCAUGCUGGGAGCCCCGGGCUGCUCAGAGUCGGUGGCCUGGGACUCCCAAGCCAAGAGGCCGCAAGGCCGAGAGACAGACAGUGGGCGCCACUUUGGAAGUCCCCACAGGGGCGCUCUGUGAACAUGGGCACACGGUCCACUGCACAGAUCAAGCUCACCCCUAAGGACAGGUUCGGGGUGCAGCCUCCGCCUGCCCACAGGCGCUCAUCGGGAGCAGGCCGUGUGCCCUGUCCCAGCAGAGUCCUCUGCGCCUGCCUCUCCGAGCAGCCCUGGGUGGGCCGGACAGGCGAGGACGCGCGCCCAACCCCCCGGCACUGGCAGUUCGCCUCCGGGGUGGAGCCCUCAGCCAGCCUCACCCUCUGGAAUCAUGGAGUGACCCCAGCCGGGUCAGGAGCAUCUGCAGCUGCGAGGACAGCUACGAGUUUGCAUUUUCUGGGGCCACACUGAGAAACUAGGAGGUCGUGAAAUAGAUGACGAAGAAUAAGCAGCCCCGAGGGAGGCAGAUGUGGGGUGUCUGAGGUGAACGCGGGUGAGCGGUGCCGGCGCAAGGCCGCUGGGUCGCCUGGGAAGCAGCUGAGCACGGCCUGGCAGGGGGUGGCUGCUGUCCACAGGAGUCAGAGAUGUUCUAGAAAGGGUGUGGGGUCUCCUCCUAGUUGGCCCCGGUGUCUGUUACAACCCACCCCGCUUGGAUCCCAGCCCUGGGCGGCGGCUGUGGCUCUCUACUCCGAACACAGCCCCGCUGGCCUCGCUGGGUCUCCGCCCAUCAGGCGUGGAGUUGGUCUCCCAGGCCGCCGCCCCCAGAGGAAGAAGAGAACGCCCAGGCCAGCGAGCUGGAGGGGGGGACAGUGCACCCCGAGGACAGGCCGGGCCUGCCUUCGAGGCCACGUGUCCACAGUGGGGACCACGGAGCCUGCUGUGGCUCCAGACUGUGCCACAGGUGGCCUAGGUGACCUCAGGCUCCAGACUGUGCCUCGAAAGGACGCGUCCCCUCUGAGCAGUGCCCAGGGCCUGAGGAACACUCCUGGGAGGGAGCCAGCCCCUCUGCGGCCCUGUCUGGCGGGGGCUGCUGGAGCAAGAGCAGCAGAGAGGGCAGCGUCCCUGCUUCCCCCACCGCCCCCCAGAGGAAGCCAAACUCAGGAAAAACGGAACUGGGCAUAGCUGUCUCGCUUUAAAAGAGAAAACCAAAGGGGGCCCCGAGGAUGGUGGGCACUGGCCGGGAAGCUGCUCCCGACCCAGGACUGAGCUCCUCAGGCAGCUGGCGUCCCACCUGGCACAGCACCUGCAGCACCCAGGGCUCCCGGGACCAGGCACGUUCCUCCAUCCGGGCCCGGGGCAGCGGCUUUCAGGGAAGAAGCAAGUCUGUCCCAGGCUGCUGCCGGUACCACCCGCUGGCGGGCACUCCAGGGGCAUCCUGCUUCCGAAGGGAUGGCCUGACUGGGCUGUGAAGACUCUUGCAAGACUUGGCAAGAGGAGGGUGCAGGCAGGUGAUGGGUGCGGCUGGGGGCUCCGAGCUCAUUCUUGUGGGCUCUGUGGCCACCGCUGAAAUGUCACCACGGUGCUUGGUCGCUUGUGGUGCCCUUAACAUAGAGGCCACAAGGCUGGCUACAGCCGGGCUCUGACAACGCAGCGGGCACCGAUGGCGCUGCCCCUGGCCCCAGCGGCGCUGCUUCCGCGGAAAUUCAUCUCCCACCCCAGAGCCAGGGCUCAGUCGUGGCUCCCCUUCUCGGGCCUGCAGGGCACAGUCCGCCCGCCCGAGCACCAGGGCACGGGUCUCAGGCCCUGCCCUCUCCCCGUCACGCUGGUCUUUGAGCAGCCGGAAGAUCUGCCAAGGACGCCCCAACGCCCCCUAGUAACAGACCCGGCCAGGCGGCGGCCCGGGAGGGCACCAAAGCCAGUCAGGACGUCCCGGUGUUUGGCUAAUGCAGGGGCCCCGCUAGGCCUCCCCACCCGGCCUGCAGGCUGUGGCUCGGCCGUCGGGGGGCGCCGUGGGCCGGGGGGCCUGCUUCCCAGCAAGGUCUUCAGCAAAGGAUCAUUUUUCAAAAUAUUGUGCAUUGUUUCAUUAAAGCUCACGUUAAAUAUUUGGCUUCUGUGCUCGCGCCGCACAGUUGUCGCGCUGUAUAUUUUAUCUCCCGGGUCUGUGCCAAAACCUUCCUUUUCAUGUUUCUGUAACACGCAGUCGUGAUUCCGUUUCUAAAAUAAACCUUCAGCUACUGGAUCGAGAGGAGGGGUGCGCUGGGCUCCCCGCUCCCAGGGGACCCGUCUGUGCGGCCCCCCGUCGGGCUCGCGCC